AGUAUCCGAUAACAGUGAGGCCGAUAUUAUUAUUGAAUUUACGCUUACUAAUGCUGAAAUGAAGCUGAAGCACGUUAUGUUUGGUUACGCGUGGGGUUUAUGCGGAAUAUUAUCGCAGAUCGCCCCUCACGGGCUCUGCGUUUCAUCGGAUUAGUAUCAAUCAAUGGCUUUAUUUGAGAAGAGGUAUACAAAUAAAAUAUUACUAGAUGAUACAGAAAAGCUGACAAGUGUUAUUGAAAAUGCUAGAACAAUCGACGGGCAUACGGAGUAUGUGAUUAGAGUACAACGUGGUCCUCUACCUGAAAAAACGUGGAGAGUGAGCAGACGUUACAAUGACUUUGUUCAGCUUAAUGCAGUUUUAUCAGUAUCAGGCAUUGACUUGCCAUUACCUCCUAAAAAAAUCAUUGGGAACAUGGAGCCUAACUUUAUAGCUCAACGUCAACUAGCUUUACAGAAUUAUUUAAAUAUUGUACUAAUGAAUCCCAUAUUGGCAUCAUCUCUUCCCAUGAAAAAAUUUUUAGAUCCUGAUAAUUAUACAACGCCAUUACAUGAAAUAGCACUACAGCAAGUGUCACUAGCUUUACGCAGUGAUGCUAAUUUUGAAGUUGGAAAAGCUAUUCCUGAUAUGGGAUGGCGAUUAAAAAAAUAUUACUAUACUGUUAAGAAUCGUCAACAUCCAAAGCAAGAAUAUUUGCUUGCUUGGGUAGAAUUUGGACCAGAUAAACAUCUUCAGGAUAAAGACAUGCAAGGAGUUUUCAAGAGUCUAGGCACUUUGAAACAUAAUUACAUUGAACCAAUGGUUCACCAGCAUGUAACAGAGAAUGGAGCUCUUAUGAUAAGAAAUUUUUGUCCAAUGGGUACAUUACGUGAUAUACUUUGUAUGACCAAACCUAAGCAGUCGUUUAUAAAAAAAUAUGGAAAUCCAAAACAAGUUAAAUCACUCACACUAUCUGAAAUUACUACUUAUGGUUAUCAGAUUUUGGAGGCACUAAGUUUUUUACAUGAAAAAGGAUUACCUUAUGGGCAUCUACAUACAGGUAACAUAUUAUUGACGCAAGGAUGUGCUAAGUUAUUAGACAUAGAGAAUGGUCUUUUGGGUUUACCAGCAUUUUAUAGGCCUUACGUUGUUCAAAGACGAAAGCUCCAUGCUACGACUCAAGUAGAUGUCUAUUCGUUCGGACAUGUAUUAUAUGAAAUGACAUUUGGCAGACCAUUAAUGGAAGCAAUGUGUUCCGAAAUGCCAACUUGCGAUAUGACAUUGAAAAAUCUACUGGAGGUAAUUUUAUCUCCAGAGGCUCUCAAACAGGAUUUGCCUAAGGUCCAACGUUUGCUAGAACAUCCAUUUUUUGAAACAGUACAUCGUGCAAAUCUUGCCAUUGGUUCUAUAGAAAAACCACAUUUUAAGCUUAGUAGCCAUUUGAAGGAAGCUUUGCAAGAAGCAAUGAAUAAGGCAGAGCAAAGAUUGAGAGAAGAGCAAAAAGUAGCUAGACAUCAAAAAAGACUUGUGAGAGUUCAAGGAAUGAUGAGUACUGAUGAAGAUAGGAAAAAGUGGAAACAGAAAUUGAAAAAGGAACAAAAAUUAGCACACGAACAACAAAUGUGUAAUCAAUUAAAAACAAAUGGAACAAAACAAGUAAAUGGUAAAAAUUCAGAAAGACCUGACAGCCCUACGAGUACGUCUACAGCUACUAGUGUUGGAACAUUAACGCCUCCAUCACUUGGUUCUACAGAAAUGCCACAUGCUGAUGUACCUACCAAAAACAUCAAUCCAUUACCAGUACCUGUGUCGUCUGGUGGAACAGAGCCCCGUAUAUCGAAAGCAGGCAACGAACGUUCAGCUUUACUCGGAAGUAUCUGUUCUUUUGAUAAAAGUAAACUUCGUAGAAUUGUCAAUGGUAACCAUUAAAAAAUCUUCUCAAAGAACAAAUUAUUUCAUAUUUCAGAAUAAAAAACCAGGACUUUCUUGUUAUGGAAUAUUAUGCAUAAACAAAGAACAAUAUGUGUCAAGAGUGUGAUAAUACUUUAUUCUAGUUAUUUCUUUCGUUAGUUUUAUUUUGUUUUUCUAUUGAAUGUUUAUAAUAAUAAAAAUACGUAAUUUAUGUUUAU